AUCCCAAGUAAAAAUAAAGAAAAAAAGUUUUCUUUUUCUACUUUUAAAAUAUAAUAAAUAAAAGAGAUUUAAAGUGUUUUUAUUAUUAUUAUUUUUUAGUCCCACGCCACACGUAUGGUGUUUGCAUGCUUGUGGGGCAGUUCUCUCUUUCUUUCUCUUAGCAUCAAACAAACCGCGAAAAAAGCAAGCUAACAGCAAACAGAGAGAAGAAGAAGCGAGUUUCAGAGAGACGAAUAGAGAUCUAACGGACAUGGAUUAGACUUGCCAAGGAACAUCAAAACAUGCAGCUACUCAAAGAAUAAAGAACUUCUUGUUUCUUUCCCAAAUUCUGAAGAUAGUGGUUACUUUUUUAUGCACAAAUAUACUCAUCAGAUACAAGUAGUGAGACACAAAAAGCUUUAUACUAGCCAUCGCGUGUUUUAAUUGAUUGGAUUUUGGUCGAAUACAUCUGGUUCUUAGUUGGAUCAUCCUUAAUCAUUUGGAGGAUAUUAGUUUCUUAUGAUCAGAAUUAGAAAGUGGUAGUGUUACUGGAUUGAGCCAUGGCAGCUGUGUCGCAAGCAGAUUCUAAACGUAUGUAUUCCUGGUGGUGGGACAGCCACAUAAGCCCCAAAAACUCAAAAUGGCUUCAGGAGAAUCUUACAGAUAUGGACGUCAAAGUCAAACAAAUGAUUAAACUUAUUGAAGAAGAUGCAGAUUCCUUUGCAAGGAGGGCAGAGAUGUAUUAUGAGAAACGCCCAGAGCUUAUGAAAUUGGUUGAAGAAUUUUACAGAGCAUAUCGUGCCUUGGCCGAAAGAUAUGAUCAUGCAACUGGAGUGCUCCGUCAAGCACAUCGAACAAUGGCUGAAGCAUUUCCCAACCAAGUCCCUUUGAUGUUAACUGAUGAUUCACCCAUAGGUUCUGCUGAUAGCGAGCCAUGUACACCUGACAUGCCACCAAUACGUGCACUUUUUGAUUCUGAUGAAUUGCAAAAGGAUGCUUUGGGAAUCUCUACAUCACAUUCACCUGCUGUCAAGAAGCAUGGAGCUUUUACUGAAGAAUCUGAUUCUGUUCCUGGCAGAAGGGGUUUGAAACAGCUCAAUGAUUUGUUUGGGACUGGAGAAGGAAGGGCAAGAAAAGGCCUUAGUUUUCAUGAUGCGGAAGAGAAAUAUCAAGGUGUGCAAGACGAUGGCAAAAACGAUAUCAAGGCUCAAGUUCCAUCUGAUUCUGAGCUACUGAGUAAAGCUGAGCAGGAAAUUGUAACCUUGAAGAACAUUCUUGCUAAAUUAGAAGCUGAAAAGGAAGCUGGCCUACUUGAGUACCAACAGAGUUUGCAAAGAUUGUCUAAUCUAGAGUCAGAAGUCUCUUGUGCAAAAGAGGAUUCCAGCAAAGCUGAAGCAGAAGUUCAGACUUUGAAGGAAGCCCUCACUAAACUAGAGGCUGAAAGGGAAGCUAGUUUGCUUCAAUACCAGCACUGCUUGGACAAAAUAGCUUAUCUGGAGAACAAUAUCUCCAAUGCCCAGAAAGAUGCAAAGGAACUCAAUGAGCGUUCUUGUAAAGCUGAUAAAUUAGAAGCUGAAAAAGAAGAUAUUCUUCUUCAGUACAAACAGUGUCUAGAGAAGAUAACUUGUCUGGAGGGAAAAAUAUUGCAUGCUGAGGAAGAUGCCAGGAGGUUUAAUGAAUGUGCUGAUAAAGCUGAGAUGGAGGUUGAACGCUUGAAGGAAGUGCUAGCCAAGCUAACUGAAGAAAAGGAAGCUGCUGCUGUUCAGUACCAGCAGUGCUUGGAUACAAUUUCAAGCUUGGAGCAGAAACUUGCUUUUGUCCAGGAGGAGGCCCAAAGGCUUAAAUCUGAGUUAGAUGAUGGAGUUGUGAAGUUGAAGGGUGCUGAAGAAAAGUGUCUUCAGUUGGAGAGAUCAAAUCAGACUAUGCACUCUGAGUUGGAGUCUCUGGCACAGAAAAUGUCCGCUCAAAGUGAUGAACUUACAGAGAAGCAGGAGGAGUUGGGGAGACUGUGGACUUGCAUACAAGAAGAGCGCUUGCGAUUUGUGGAGGCUGAAACUGCUUUUCAGACUUUGCAGCAUUUGCACUCUCAAUCUCAGGAAGAACUCAGAUCUAUGGCUGCAGAGCUUCAGAACAGAGCUGAGAUUUUGCAGGACCUAGAAGUCUGUAAUCAGAGUUUACAAAAUGAAGUUGAGAAGGUCAAGAUAGAGAACAAAGGCCUAAGUGAAGUCAACUCAUCUUCAACUUUGACGAUACAAGACUUGCAAGAUGAGAUUUCAAACUUAAGGCAGACGAUAGGGAAACUUGAAGCAGAGGUAGAACUUCGACUGGACCAGAGAAAUGCUCUUCAGCAAGAGAUUUACUGUCUGAAGGAGGAAAUAAAAGGCAUUAACAAGAAAAACCAGGCUAUCAUGGACCAGGUGGAUUCAGUUGGCUUCAGUCCAGAGUGCCUUGGGUCAUCUGUGAAGGGUUUGCAGGAUGAGAACAUAAAGCUGAAAGAGGUUUGUGAGACAGAGAGAGGCCAAAAUGUUGCUCUUUUGGAAAAGCUGGAGAUCAUGGAGAAACUUGUAGAGAAAAAUGCUCUUUUAGAGAAUUCAUUAUCAGAUUUGCACGUUGAGCUAGAAGGGGUGAGAGAGAAGGUACGGGCAUUAGAAGAAUCCUGUCAAUCUCUCAUAGAAGAGAAAUCCACUCUUGUUUCUGAGAAAUCCACAUUAGUUUCUCAUUUACAGAUUGCAACUGAUAAUUUGGAGGAACUUGCAGAGAAGAAUACCAUUCUGGAGAGUUCCCUUCUCGAUGCAUAUGCUGAAAUUGAGGGAUUGAGGGAAAAAUCAAAGAGCAUACAAGAUUUAUAUAUGUUGCUUGACAAUGAGAAGUCUGAUUUAGUUACUGAGAAAGGAAAUUUAGUUUCUCAGUUGGACGUCACUCAGAAAAGAUUGGAAGAUUUGGAGAAAGUUUACAGAGAUUUAAAAGAGAAAUACUCAGCUUUGGAUAAAGAGAGAGAAUCCACACUUCAUGAAGUAGAAGAAUUACAUGUUCACUUGAAUGCUCAAAAGCAGGAACGUGCUACUCUUGCCCAGUUGAGUGAGUCUCAAUUGGCUGGUAUGGCAACAAGGAUACGUAUGCUACAAGAAGAAGGCCAGUGCAUAAAGAAAGAACAUGAAGAAGAACUGGACAAAGCCUUUUAUGCUCAGACUGAGAUUUUCAUUUUGCAGAAAUGUGUGCAAGAUCUGGAAGAACAUAAAUUUUCCCAUUUCCUUGAGUGUCAAAAAUUCCUGGAGGCGUCUAAACUGUCAGAGAAGCUGAUUUCUGAACUGGAGCUUGAAAAUCUUGAACAACAAGUGGAAAUGAAAUCUUUGUAUGAUAAAAUUGAUGUGCUAAGAGUUGGGCUUUAUCGGGUGCUGAAAACUCUUGAACUUGAUGUGAAACAGGGGUGCGAAGACAAGGCUGAGCAAGAUCAAAUGCUUUUGAGCCAUGCACUUGACAAGCUUCAAGAAACACAAAGAUUUCUCUUUGAGAUGCAAGAUCAAAAUCAACAGUUGGUCGUUGAGAAUACAGUUCUUGUUACUCUGCUUGGGCAACUGCAAAGAGAGGUGGCAAAUCUUAUGACAGCUAAAAGCAGUCUUGAUCAGGAGUUGGCAUGCAGGUCAGAGCAGUUCUUCAUUUUGCAUGGUGAGAGCCAAAAACUUGCAGAGGUUAAUGAAGAAUUGAGAUCGAAGAUAAUAGACGGAGACCACAAAGAGGAAUCUUUGAAGGUUGAGCUAAAGACUCUGCACGGACAGCUCUUAGAUUUGCAAGGGGAUUACCAGAAUUUACAGAAGGAGAAUUGCAAGAUGGUUGACGAGCAACGAUUGCUGAUGAAGUCAAUCUCAAACUUGAGAGAAGAGAAAUGUAAUCUAGAAGAUGAGAACUGUGCCAUUUUUGCUGAAACAGUGUCUCUAAGUACCAUUUCUCUGAUUUUCAGGGAUAUAAUCUCUGAAAAAUUUUUGGGAAUGAAGGAGCUUUGUGAAAAUCUGGAUAAACUUCACCAUGUCAAUAAUGGCCUUAAUGAGAAGGUGAAGAUAAUGGAGGGGAAGUUAUUGGAGCUUAGUGCAGUAAAAGAUGAGAAAAGAGAGUUGCAUAAAAUGGUGGAGGAGUUGAAGUGCAAGUAUGAUGAGGUUGAGUUGAUCCGAGCAGAUCUUGAUAAGGAGUUGGCAUGCAGGUCAGAGCAGUUCUUCAUUUUGCAUGGUGAGAGCCAAAAACUUGCAGAGGUUAAUGAAGAAUUGAGAUCGAAGAUAAUAGACGGAGACCACAAAGAGGAAUCUUUGAAGGUUGAGCUAAAGACUCUGCACGGACAGCUCUUAGAUUUGCAGGGGGAUUACCAGAAUUUACAGAAGGAGAAUUGCAAGAUGGUUGACGAGCAACGAUUGCUGAUGAAGUCAAUCUCAAACUUGAGAGAAGAGAAAUGUAAUCUAGAAGAUGAGAACUGUGCCAUUUUUGCUGAAACAGUGUCUCUAAGUACCAUUUCUCUGAUUUUCAGGGAUAUCAUCUCUGAAAAAUUUUUGGGAAUGAAGGAGCUUUGUGAAAAUCUGGAUAAACUUCACCAUGUCAAUAAUGGCCUCAAUGAGAAGGUGAAGAUAAUGGAGGGGAAGUUAUUGGAGCUUAGUGCAGUAAAAGAUGAGAAAAGAGAGUUGCAUAAAAUGGUGGAGGAGUUGAAGUGCAAGUAUGAUGAGGUUGAGUUGAUCCGAGCAGAUCUUGAUCAGGAGUUGGCAAGCAGGUCAGAGCAGCUCUUGGUUUUGCAUGGUGAGGGCCAAAAACUUGCAGAGGUUAAUGAAGAAUUGAGAUCGAAGAUAAUAGAGGGAGACCACAAAGAGGAAUCUUUGAAGGUUGAGCUAAAGACUCUGCACGGACAGCUCUUAGAUUUGCAAGGGGAUUACCAGAAUUUACAGAAGGAGAAUUGCAAGAUGGUUGAUGAGCAAAGAUUGCUGAUGAAGUCAAUCUCAAACUUGAGAGAAGAGAAAUGUAAUCUAGAAGGUGAGAACUGUGCCAUUUUUGCUGAAACAGUGUCUCUAAGUACCAUUUCUCUGAUUUUCAGGGAUAUCAUCUCUGAAAAAUUUUUGGAAAUAAAGGAGCUUUGUGAAAAUCUGGAUAAACUUCACCAUGUCAAUAUUGGCCUUAAUGAGAAGGUGAAGAUAAUGGAGGGGAAGUUAUUGGAGCUUAGUGCAGUAAAAGAUGAGAAAAGAGAGUUGCAUAAAAUGGUGGAGGAGUUGAAGUGCAAGUAUGAUGAGGUUGAGUUGAUCCGAGCAGAUCUUGAUCAGGAGUUGGCAAGCAGGUCAGAGCAGUUCUUGGUUUUGCAUGGUGAGAGCCAAAAACUUGCAGAGGUUAAUGAAGAAUUGAGAUCGAAGAUAAUAGAGGGAGACCACAAAGAGGAAUCUUUGAAGGUCGAGCUAAAGACUCUGCACGGACAGCUCUUAGAUUUGCAAGGGGAUUACCAGAAUUUACAGAAGGAGAAUUGCAAGAUGGUUGAUGAGCAAAGAUGGCUGAUGAAGUCAAUCACAAACUUGGGAGAAGAUAAAUGUAAUCUAGAAGAUGAGAACUGUGCCAUUUUUGCUGAAACAGUGUCUCUAAGUACCAUUUCUCUGAUUUUCAGGGAUAUCAUCUCUGAAAAACUUUUGGAAAUGAAGGAGCUUAGUGAAAAUCUGGAUGAACUUCUCCAUGUCAAUAAUGGCCUUAAUGAGAAGGUGAAGAUAAUGGAGGGGGUGUUAUUGGAGCUUAGUGCAGUAAAAGAUAAGAAAAGAGAGUUGCAUAAAAUGGUGGAGGACUUGAAGUGCAAGUAUGAUGAGAUUGAGUUGAUACGAGCAGAUCAAGAAAAGCAGAUCAUUAAACUGUCUGGAGACUGUUAUGAACAAACUAAGGAGGUAGAAUGCAUUCAGGAAGCAAAUCGGAAAUUGGAGACUGAACUGGGGAAAUUGAAUGGAGAACUUUUAGAAAAUAAGAUCAGGGAGGAAAGUUUGAAUUGUGAACUGCAAAAAAGAAGAAAUGAGGUAGAAUGGUGGGAGUCUCAGGCUGCUGCACUUUUUGGCGAACUGCAGACAUCUGCUGUCCAACAAGCACUGUAUGAAGGAAAGGUUCAUGAGCUCAUUGAAACAUGUGAGAGCCUUGAAGGCAGAAAUUGUUUGAAAGCUAGCGAGAUUGACCAGAUGAAAGAAAGAGUAGGCACCGUGGAACAUAAGAAUGAAGAACUAAGGUCUCAGAUGACUUCAUAUGUCCCAGCUUUCAUUUCUUUGAUGGAUUGUAUAGCAUCUCUGGAAAAUCAUACUCUCUCACAUGCAAAACUUCAUGAAAUUCACAAGAAGGAAGCCAAGGAUGCCCCCUUUGCGGUGGAUGCUGAAAGUUGUCAACAGAUUAGCGAUGAUCAAAUUAGCGUGGGGCCAGGUGGACUUUUGGACUUGCAGGGUUUGCAAAUGAGGAUUAUAGCUAUUGAAGAAGCUGUAAAAGAAAGGGAGAGACUAGUUAUUCUGGAAAACUCUAAUGCUAAUUCCAAACUUGCUGAUGCAAUUAGACAGAUUGAAGAGUUGAAAUCCAUAAGCAACUCAAAUGAAGAAGCUAUUGAAUCAAGCAAGCAUAGGAAUCAAAAUCCAGAGGACAAGGAACUGGGAUCCGAGGCUUAUGGUAAUCUCGGGCUUCAGAAGCCAAUACAUGAAACUUCUGAAGAGAGGACUGAAGUGAUGACGAAAGACAUAAUGCUUGAUCAGACAUCCGAGUGUUCAUCAUACGGGAUCAGCAGAAGGGAGACUGGAGAAGCUGAUAAUCAGAUGCUUGAAAUAUGUGAAUCCACUGACCGGAAUGACAGUAUUGACCUUACUGUUGGAAAGGCUCAGAAGGAGACUGCUGCAUCGACUGAGAACAAGGAGGAUCCUUCUAUGGAAUCAAUGGUUGAGAAGCAUGUUAGUGUGGACAAGUUGGAGAUCUCAAAGAGAUUGUCAGGGUCUCGUCAAGAAGUGAAUGAGAGGAAAAUUCUAGAAAGACUUGAUUCUGAUGCACAAAAGUUAACUAAUCUUCAAAUAACCGUGCAAGACAUGAAGAGGAAGGUGGAGAUCACAGAUAAGAACAAGAAGGGAAAAGGUAUUGAAUAUGAUAGCGUGAAAGGGCAGUUGGAAGAGUCUGAGGAGGCGAUAACGAAGUUGUUUGACGUGAAUCGCAAAUUAAUGAAGAGCAUUGAAGAUGAACCAUUGUCCAUUGAUGAGAAAUCUGCAUUGGCAUCGGAUGAGAAUGGAAGUGUCAGAAAGAGAAGAAUUUCGGAACAGGCAAGAAGAGGGUCUGAAAAGAUUGGGCGGUUGCAGUUGGAGGUGCAGAAACUGCAAUUUCUUUUGUUGAAACUUGAUGAUGAAAACAAAAGCAGAGGAAAAACCAAAAUUGUAGAACGAAAUACAGGGGUUCGACUGCGAGACUAUCUGUAUGGUGGGACGAGAACAAGCCAGAAGAGAGAGAAAGGGCAUUUCUGUGCAUGUAUGCAACCUCCAACCAAAGGGGAUUGAGGAAAAUCACAUUCCAUCGGCAUAAAAUUGGUGUAGCUCUAGCUCAAGGUUAAAUUAAGACAUUAAGUUGUUUUGUGCAUAUUUUUUCUUAGAGAUCUUCCAUAGACUUGAAUAUUAUCCCUGUUUGCAUAAGAGAGGAAUCGACUACUCUUUAGCCUAGAGAUCCUAUUGUACACGACGGGCGUGUUUCAGGCAGCCUUAGUAGAGCUUCUUUCGCUUA